AAACUUAUUAAAUAGAUUGGAACAUGGUUGAGAUUUUAAUUAAGCCGGCCCAACGGCUCUUAAGUUGACGUCAAGAAAUCCUAAGACCUAGCCAGGCAUGGAUACUAGACCUAAAACAUCGCGUGGAAUCCCGGCUUAUGGGAGUGCAGCGGGAUUCAAACCACCUUCAUCGGCUUCAGGAGGUAGCCGUCUUUCUACGGAUGAGCUACUGAGACGGGCCAGUGGUCACUUGAAAGAGGGAGGACCGGCUCGUGGAUCGGCUGAACUGGCGACUGGGGGUGGCAACUUCAGAGUGACUUCGUCCUACGAUCCUGCCGGAAAAGUCAGAUCCAGCACUGAGACAUACCUCAACAACUUAUCUCGGAAAGCUUCGAAGGCGUCGCAAGACAUCAGCGACGAGGAAGUUAAAAGGAAAGCGAAGGGCAAGAAAAAACCACGCGGUCGAGUUUCCUCAUAUGAUAGUGAUGAAAAAUUGCACUCUGAGGGAGACACUAGUUCCAGCACUACCAUCGGCAAGGGAGGUGCUAGCUUCCUGAAGAAGAAACCGGCGCCACAGAAGAAAGCGCCGUCCAAUGCAGAUGAGAAAUUGACAGCAAAAGCAGGGAAACCAUUUGAGUCGUCUGGGUUAAUGAGCAGCUCGGACGAGCAAAGCGAAAUAGUGAGAAGGAAUGUCGUUAGAGGAACUGGUCAGAAGCCAGUUAAGAUAGCUCAGCCCUCGCCGGAAAAGAGUGACGAUAAGAGUAUUGACAUCAACAUGCUUCUCAAAGAUGAACUGUCAAUGGACAAUUCUUCAACUUCCAGAAAGAGACUUACAAUAAAUCGGCAAUCCAAUGUCGACCAGGAUCUGGACGAAGAGUAUGACCAAUUCGAUAUGGACUCCCCUCCGAAGACUCCAGUGUCGGCCAGAAAGGAAGUGCGUUUUUCCACUCAACUGAGCAUCGCGAGUGGCGAAGACAACAUGAGUGUGGUUGAGUCAGUCAUGGACACUGAGUCCAUACAAGCUGACUUCGCUUCCAAUCUGCAGCCAACACCAGGUGCAUCCUCGUCAUCAGUGCAGUUAGGAGUGGGUGGGGCGUCUGUGGGCAAGAGUGCUAACUUGUUCCAGGAUUCGGAUCUGGAGAUGGAAGUGAACCUGGGUAUUGAGGAUAUUCUCCCGGCUACUGUGAAACCGGACAAGACCUUACCCGACUCAGCCAGCGAGGAAGAUCCAUUCGACGCCUUGGGUCAGAAUCUACUAGAUAUCAAUGAACUUUCGGUUGCCAACUCUGAUGAGCCUCCUAAGCCAGUCGCUAGAACAAAAACCAAACGACAGUCGAGAUCAGCUAGAAGGUUACCUCGUCUCUCGUCCUUCCGAACAUCCAGUCGAAGUUCCACGACUAGUGCGAGUGAAGAUGACGUAGUCGAAGAGAUAGUUUCGGAAAACGAAGUGUCCUCGGCAACCGAAAAGAGUGUUAGUUCGCAUGGGGAACAGCUUCUCGCAGCUGGGAAACUGCCAGAGACGAAAGGAAGACUGCUGAUUAUGGACAAUGAGGAGUCCGAACAGAAAAAUGACAGGGGAAAAAGCAAAAAGGUUGACAAAACAGAAAAGGUAGCUGUGGAAGAUGCUUAUGACGACAGUCGAAGAGAAUCCAUGGUGUCAAUGUACUCUCAAGAUUCUUUCGACGAUGUAUCGACCACUGAGCCUCCUUACUCGGAUCAAGACCAAGCAUACGACAGUGAGUCGGACAUAACUCUUCCAGAGAACCAGGAAAAACUCCUGGACGAGGUCAAAGCGGUUAAACGACAUGACUCCAGUGGUGCUUCUGUUACGUCAUACGACAGCGAUAGUGAUGUAACCACCUCUUUUCCUUCCUACACUAACGCGGAGAGUAAGAAAGAGAGUAACCGGAAACAUAAAUCGCCCCGAAGUCGUGAACAGGAAACAAAGAUGAAAGGUGUUCACGUGGAUAGUAAAGCCGGUCACGUCACAGUAGGGCAGGAAUAUUUUGCGGAGAGGGAAACUGAAACUUCAAUAGAUCGAGUGUUCCAUCAAAUUGUCACAAUUCAGCCGAAAUCAAUUGCUUCGAUGGUAGUCGAAAAAGAAACCAUAGAGUCCAUGACUAGUUAUAAUCCCUCAGCGGUUGCGUUGACGACUUUCAUGAGCAACCAUCUGAAGGCUACGAGAACUUUCAUCGAGAACACAAGAAAGCUCCACGAACAAUAUCAGAAACUUCUCAUUCCUACUUAUCACUACACUUCCUUAGAAGACACAAAACAGGUCAUCAAAGAAAGAAAAGAGAAACAGAGAAGACUUAGUUUAGAAGAAUCAAUUGACCGAGUGGAGCAGCAAAUGGGAAAGUCUUUCUCUGAGAAGAAACGAAAGAAAAUCAGGGAAAAAAUCAAACUACUGCAAACUCAGAGAGAAGGACCGCACAUCGAGCUUGAACAUUAGUGCUUAGUUUUUUAUUGUAUAUAUGUCCAAAUUUGUAAGUUCAACAAUUGUACAAAAUCUUAUACAUAGAAUAAAUU